AUGACAUAUUUGAGUGAUACCAGUUUACCAGUUUUCAUUGGACCUCCAAGAGUCGCGUACGCAUAUGAAGAUAUACGCGCGAGUGGCUUACCAUUUGUUUACACGUCAUGUACAAACAACUUUCUUUAUAAUUGGAUCUGCGUUUAUGUCAUCAUUCUGGCACCAAUAAUGAGGAAAUCGGGCACAGGCUCCACUGGUAGAAGUGGAGUUACAGGCAAAAGUGGAACAAGUCAAAUCGGAAAAAGCACGUCAAAAGCAAGCUCUAGCUUUCCUUCUAUUGGCAAACUUCCUAAUGUUGCAAGUUCAUCAAGGAAAAGCUACAUGACAUCUUCUUACAUAUCUCCGAAAAAUAAAUCUUCUUUCGGUGUAAUAUGGCUACCAACGAGAAAACGUAACAAACAUAAGGAUGCAGUUUAUAAUUCCCACCAUAAUGAUCACCCGGACGAUAGAGCGCCAUCUAUGUUUAACAUUAUGUCGGGAGAUUCCUCUAACCAGGAGACAUUUUUAAAAAAGAAAGAAGAUGAAUCGAAUUUAAUAAUACCUGAACGCAGUGGAACUCUUCCUGUUAUAACAGGGGCUGGGGUUGGGGCAGGAGCAGUUACCAGUUCAGAAAUUUCACCAGAUAUAGAAAACAAAGAUCCAGAAGAAAAACAAACCUUUAUCAAACAUGAUUUAGAUGAGAAUAAGGAACACGCUGGCGAUACGAAUGAUAACGAAAACAAAUCAGAUAAGGAUUAUUUAGAGAAUAAUAAAGUAGAUGUAUUAAUUAAAUCAGAGAAAGGAAAAUUAAGUGACAACGUGGAUAGUGUGUUCUUAAGAUCACCUCCACCACAUAAAACCAGGUCGAACGCUUCCACAACUAACAAUGAAGAAGAAGACUGUGGUAUUAAAUGUUUGUAUUAUACUCUACAGUGCUGCGACUGCACAGUUAUG